AUAAAGGUCCAGAGAAAAGGGGCAGCUCCAACCCCUCUUCUCUCUCUCUCUCUCUCUCUCUCUCUCUCUAACAAUGCCCUCUCCCUCGUCGCUGUAACCCCCUCCCACGUCUAAUCUCCCGAAACCCUAGUCUCACAUAUCUCACUGACAUUGAUUUGUCAGAGGAAGGCUGGAAGAGCUGCUUUUUUUGCAGAAAAAGGAAGCUAUGAUACGAACAGGACCUAAGGACACUCAAAACCACGACAACAACAACAACAGCAGCAGCAAUCAGAAGGUCUAUCCGCAACCAAUAAUGGAAGAGAAUGGCAAUCAUCAGAAUAAUAACAAGGACCCAUCAUCAGUGGAUGCUUUGAUUUCCAAGAUAUUCGGCAACAUCUCCUCUCUGAAAGCCGCAUACAUCCAGCUCCAGGACGCCCACACUCCAUACGACCCUGACAAAAUCCAAGCUGCUGAUAAGCUCGUGAUCGAGGAGCUCAUGCACCUAUCCGAACUCAAGCACUCGUAUCGCGAGAAAAACCCUAACAAGCCUAUCUCGGUUUCCCCUCGGGAUUCACGCCUCCUUGAUGAAAUCCAGGAGCAGCAGAACUUGCUAAAAACUUACGAGGUCAUGGUCAAAAAAUUUCAGUCACAGAUUCAGAACAGAGAGUCCGAGAUCGCCCAGGUACAGCAGCAGAUCCAAGAAUCGAGCCAGAGGAAGCAGAAGCUCGAGAAGAAGCUGAAGCAGAGGGGUUUGCUAUCUGAGGAGGGCUCUCAACAAGAAGAAGAAGAAGAGAACUUCUUCUCGAUCGAACUGACGCCAAAUUUGUUCACCUCAGCAGCCGAUACUGCAUAUAAAUCUAUACAUGAUUUUGCAAAGUUAUUAAUUAACAUGAUGAAAGCGGCGGCAUGGGAUCUUGAUGCCGCUGCUAAGGCAAUCGAGCCGGGGGUUACUUAUGCCAAACGGGCACAUAAGAAAUACGCGUUCGAGGCUCACAUUUGCCAGAGAAUGUUUAGUGGGUUCCAAGAAGAGAGUUUCACUGUCAAAUUAGCAAGCAAUGCUAGUACUGUUUCUUCUAAUGAGGGUUUCUUCCAUCAAUUUCUUGCUGUGCGGGCGAUGGACCCGUUGGAUGUUUUGAGCCAAAACCCAGAUUCUAUUUUUGGAAAAUUCUGCAGGAGCAAGUAUUUGCUGGCCGUGCAUCCAAAAAUGGAAAGUUCGUUUUUUGGUAAUAUGGAUCAGAGGAACUAUGUGAUGGGCGGAGGGCAUCCGAGAACACCCUUCUACCAAGCUUUUCUUAAACUGGCAAAGUCGAUAUGGCUUUUGCACAAGCUCGCUUACUCCUUCGAUCCCAAAGUUAAAGUAUUUCAAGUGAGGAAGGGAAGCGAAUUCUCAGAGGUUUACAUGGAGAGCAUUGUGAAAGACAUUAUACUCGGCGAGGGAAGCGGUCAGAGACCGAAAGUUGGGCUAAUGGUGAUGCCGGGCUUUACGAUCGGGAGCAGCAUCAUACAGUCUCAAGUGUAUCUAUCUGGUGUUAAAUGCACCGAAUAGAAGCACAGAAAAUUAAAAUUUUCUUUUAAGGGUGUGACUUAAGAAUGUGCUGGUAAUUUAAGUGCAAUUAAGCUAUUUAUGCAUGUAUAAAUCAUGACAGGGAAUGUAAUGAACUUUGACAAAAAAGAGUUUGGACCCAAAGAUAUAGUAAGCCUUGCAUUGGGAAAGUGUGAUUGUUCCGUCGAAAACUGGUCACUA